UUGGAGUGUCCGCCGUUCAUCCUUUGUGACUGUCUUUAAUUCAGAUGCGGGUUUCAUAAUAAAGGUGGAAGUUACAUGGAAAGAAGAAGAUGGCAGCGAGUCAACAAGGUGUUCCGCAACAGAAUCCCGGACCACAGCCUCAACAACAGCCGCAAAUUACACUCGACAUUGAUCCUGUUUCCAAAUUUAAGACUGUGUUGCUACCAAGACUCAAAGCUUACUUAGCGACUUUGUUUAAAAAUGCUGGUGAUGCCUUUGCACAGAAUGCACAACAUGAUUCAGGCCACAAAUCAUUUGAAGAAUAUCAGCUUAAAUUUGAAAAGAGUUUGGAAGAGUUCUAUGCCAUUUGUGAUCAGAUAGAGAUGCACUUGAGAUUAGCUUUGGAAACACAGAACUUGGCCCUUGACAGCAGCAAAUACACUCCACUCAAUGUUGUGAUUCCCAAGGGAGACAAUCCACCACCAGAUAGCCAACCAUAUCCUCAGUAUUUGCAAAUGAUAAAAUUCCAAGUGAACUGUGCCAGAGAAAUUCAUGACUUGCUUCAUGAAUGUGCCCGGAAGUUGAAAGAUAGCUAACUGAGGCAGAUAGAUUCUGCGUUGAACAUUUGAAAGAAUGUAUGUUCCCACAGAGGUAUGUGUGAAUAGCUCAAAGGCUGAAUGUGUGAAUUUGUUGAGAGUUGCUGACAAUUUCUGUUUUAAAGGUUAACUCUUUAAUGAAGUCAUUAACUAUAAGCUACAUGUAUACAAUCUAAAUCUAUUUCACUGUAUACUCAAAAUGUCUUACAAAAAAACUAAGUUAAAUGUUCCAAAUUUUGUUUUAAAAAAUAAGAAUGUAGUUAUUCAUAUGUGACAUUAUUCUAGAUAAUUUUCAGUGCAUACAGCAGAUGGGGGGAAAAUCACACAUGUAUAGUCACAAUACAUAGAAGUUAAGUCAAACGUUUUUUUUUUUAUCCAAAAAACUAUUUAAUGUAGGAUUUUCAAUAAUGUUUUUAUAUUUGAUAUCUGACGAAACUUGACAAAACAGGUUUUUGUGUGUCUGGAUUUAACUUUACUUUAUAAUAAAGUUAACCUUUUAAAGUCAUGAUACUGAUGCCAGAGGAAUGGCGAGAUAAAGAAUGUGUACCAUAUAUGGUCAACUUUGUGUUGGAUGCACUUCACUAAAUAUGUCAAAAUCAGAGAGCAGCGAUGGAAGGGUAUCUUAGGUUUCCAGUAUACCAAGUGAUCAAGUGUCGGCUCCUAAACAGUUUUGGUUUUGCAGGCAUGUUAAAUUUACAUCAAAGUCAAAUUUGCCUAUGUUUUCUGAAUCUUUGUCCAUUACUGUGACUCAUAUCGAGUUGUGAGCUGUAUCUUGCUAUUUAUAUUACACAAAAUAAAUGUAAUGUUUCAGUUAUGUAUUAAAAUGCUGAAUAAAUUCAGAAAUUGCAAGAAACACAUGACUAUAUUACUGGAUAUGUCUUGAAGCUAAUAAAGAAAAUGUCCUUGA